GGCUCGCGGCUCGCGGGCGGCCGCGGCGAUGGCGGUCGAUAAGGAGAUGUUGGAGCGGGACUUGUACGCGCUGUUGGGUGUCCCGGAGAAGGCGUCAGACAAGGAGGUUAAGAAAGCCUACAGACAAAAGGCCCUGACUUGCCAUCCAGAUAAGAACCCAGAUAAUCCUAAAGCAGCGGAAGUCUUCCACCAGCUGUCUCAGGCUUUAACUGUACUAACCGAUGCAGCAGCAAGGGCAGCGUAUGACAGAGUGAGAAAAGCAAAGAAGCAGGCAGCAGAAAGGACUCAAAAACUUGACGACAGAAGGAAAAAAGUGAAACUUGACCUUGAAGCCCGGGAACGAGAAGCCCAAGCUCGUGUAAGCGAAGAGGAAGAGCUCCAAAUAACCAGGACAUUAGAGCAAGAGAUCAUACGUCUGCGCGAAGAGGGCUCCAGGCAGUUAGAAGAGCAGCAGAGGCUCAUUCAGGAACAGAUCCGGCUUGAGAGAGAGCGAGUCCAAGGCAAACAAGAAGGGAAUGGAGCAGAAGGCAAAGUGACUCCCAAACUCAAACUAAGAUGGAAAUGCAAGAAAGAUGAUGAGACAAAGGGUGGAUAUUCAGAAGAAGUUCUCCUGCGAAUCCUGCAGAAGUAUGGUGAAGUACUCAAUUUGGUGAUCUCAAGUAAGAAGACUGGGAGUGCGGUUGUGGAAUUUGUGUCAGUUAAGGCUGCUGAAAUGGCAGUGAAGAAUGAAGCUGGUCUGGUAAAUAAUCCUCUAAAAAUCUCCUGGCUAGAGGGCCAGCCACAGAACAAUCCCAACACCACGUUUCCUGGCAGUACGAAUCAGCCUUGGACUUCCCAGGGUUCUGUGCUCUCGGAGCGGGAUUACGAAAGCUUGGUGAUGAUGCGGAUGCGCCAAGCAGCCGAGAGACAGCACCUGAUUGAGCAGCUCCAGCGGGAAGAUGAAGAAGAGUCUCAUACCUAGCAUGGGGAAGUAGUUCCCUGCCCCUGCCCCCCCACCCUGUUCCACCUUCCUCUUCCUGACCCCUACUCUUCAUUAAAAAAAUGUUUUCUUAAUUUAAAUCAAUAAACCUUGUUUUUUAAGAAAAAUGGCUAUAGGAAUCUUUUCUUGGGGCAGGGCUGAAGGCAUACUACUUUUCAAGCCUGCACAGCUCUCACAUAACUUCUUCCCUUGUCAGGAAAAGGCAGAAGAACAGAUAUCAUUUAGUCUUUUUUUUUUAUGGUAGCUGCACCAUAGCUGAUGACCUAAUUUUUGAGGUACCAGCUGAAAGGACUCCAAGACAUUGUGGCUGCUUGAGGUCAAGAUUAGGUCUGGGAAUUUCACAUGGGAAGUAAGUGUUUAGGUAACUUUUUCACUGACACAGCUGUGACAAUUCAGAGUGGCCCAUGGAAAGGAGUCAGGCUGUUUACAUUACCUUUUUAUUAGUUUUAUUAGUUUAUCACCUACAGCAGUAGUUGAUCAUACAUACAGCUUAAGUCAAUGUAUCAGUGACCUGCAGUUGGUAAGAUUACAUAGCCAAUACAUGAAAUAUUCACAGGGCCUUAUUUCAAUGAUAUACUGCCCAAGGAUAUUUCUGCAGUUUUCCACUUAUGCUGGAAUGGUUCUUUUGGGGAUGACAGGGUCUGACCACAGAAACCUUAAUUAGGGGUGCACCGAUAUUUCAGUCGGCUAUCUAUCUGAUAGGCACCAAUAAAAGGAGAAAUGACAUUAUUAGCUAUUGGCUUUUUUGGUCAUUGUAGCCGAUAAUUAUGGUCACGUGCCUGGAGUACCGUGGUAAGCGUAGUCCAGGCUUCGCAUCCUGCUGCCAGCCUGAGCCCACAACAGACUACAGGUCCUGGCAAGCAGCAGGAGUAGGUGCUUGGGGAGUGGUUACAGGUUACUGCACUCAGCAACAAAGGAACCAUUACUGGCUCCUGCUGCUGCUGCCACUGCUGUGGCAACCCCGUGCACACAGCAGGGGCCUGAGCACUGGGGCUGCCAUAGAGAUGUUGGGCUGUGCACAGGCUGGGUAAGAUGUCACGCGAGGGACAUUCUGCUGCACUGGGCAAUGGGCUCCUUUGGAAAAGUGGCUUCUCCCCAGUGGCCGCAGGAGCUCAGCUGCAUUGGGCCCACCAGCUCUGAGGCAGUGGCAUGCUCUGGGCCUCCAAACACACCUGGUGCUACUGUCCAUGCAAGGAUCCAUCCCCCCACACCUGGGCUGUGCAGGAAGCGGGGCUGUGGGCAACACGUGGGA